GCCAUCUCUCGCACAAACAACAGACUCGACAAACGCUCACGCACAUCACACACGACUUCUCGACUCCUCAACGCAACUCACCCAUAGCCUCAACUCUCCUCUUCCACCGUCUUCUACAUACAUACCACUACUCUCUCUCCACCUUCGCCCAUACAUACUACUACUACAAAAACAACCCAGCUACAAUCAGCAGCACCAACAAAUCCAACAACAGCCACCCGUUCCGGCAACGCCUCCUCACCCUUACUCCAACUCUGCCUCCUCGACACAACAGACCGUCUCUCUCCGGCCAAUUCGUCUUCCCCCGCUCGACCUCCGUCUUACCCCUUCUGCGCCUAGCCCUCGUUUUCUCGCCUCUCGCCAUCCAUCCGUCAAAAUGACUCGCUCUCACAAGUACAACGACCGUGACCACAAGGGCAUUGCCGACGGCAGCGUCUCUCCAACAGAAAACUUGCCGCGCUUCUUUGCCAAGAACGGCUUUGUUGACAGCGAUCCCAAGAAGAUCAAGAAGGACGGCUCUGGCAAGGGCAACUGGGGAAGUGCCGGCGAGGAAGUCGUGGAUGAAGAUUUCCGCUUCACCAAUGCCCGUCGCCGCUCCAACAGCUUUUCCCACCACAACCUUUCCGACUUCAAGACCAAGUUUGAGGUGAACGAGCCUGAUCCUCUCUUCGAAGAGUCCGUCCACGGACCCGUUGAUGAGGAGAACGGUAACGACCUCUCCAAGACGGACUCCGCCGAGAGUGUUCACUCCGUCUAGACGAGACAAGCUGUCUCGCGCCCAGAGACGUGCCAUCAGUCCUGCUCUAUCCUGGACCUGUCUUGAUGCAUCCCACUAUGCAUGAAUGAUGCGUAUUACUUUAUAGUCUCGAAACCUCUUAUUUUUCUUUUCCAUUUUUUUCGGGGAGGAUGGAAAGUGGGAUUUGACAUCCAAAGACUGGACAUGAUGGCACUCCAUCUGUGGCCAAAGUUAUGAUACAUGCCCGCCGUGACGUUGCUUUGCCGGCGAAGGAUAUGUAUUACUGUACAAUAUGUUAUUUGUUUUCUCUUUCCAU